AUGCUUGGAUCAAGAUUUCAGAGAUUGCUUCUAAUUCUUGGGGGCUUUGGCUCCGCACAGGAUCCGUAUCCAGGAUGUGACCCUGAAAAAUGUCCUCAAAUGGGAACAACCUUUUCCUGCGGUGUCGUUAUAAAAGAGUACCCAAACUCCCAGGAUGAAAACGGUGACAAUUUGGUUAAGUGCGGGUACAUGAUCACUGGCUCAAGAUCAAAGUAUUCGGAGCUUCAGGAGCUCUGCAAAAAUAUGGCACCGAUGGCCCGUGAUAGCGAGUGGGAAGCUGGAGAGGGCACUGGGGAUAUGAUCUCUCUGGAGAAUCAGGUUCAACAGGAUAUUUUAACUUAUCACGUGAAGAAUAUCACUGUGAAUCCAAACAACCCGAACUCAUUCUACUAUCCGUACGUUUACAUCGGCUUCCGGCGAUUAUGUGGGACAUGUCCGUGGUUUUGGGAAGAUGGAAGUCCAGUUUCAUGGACCCACUGGCUCCCUCCCAGCUACCCAACAACCAGUACUUACGCAAACUGCGCGUGGAGCUACGCGUAUGGUACAUACGAGGGCGAAUGGCGCAACUACGCUUGCUACUCGAGCUAUCCCGGAUACUGUGAAUACUUUCCCAAGGGUCGUCCUUCACCUAAACUCAUCCCGCUUCCGAAUCCAGUUAAGAAUGGCGGCUGUCUUGCCGGUUGGUGGAAGUUUGGCGGCUACUGUUACAAACAAAUCGGCUUCAGCAACAAUAUCUGGGACGAGAGCCAAUACAAGACCUACGACGACGCCAAUGCUCAGUGCAACAAUCUCUGGUCUGGCGCAACACUCGCAAUGGUUCCUUCUCCUCAACACAACGCCAUGGUUGCUGCUCUCCUUGGACCACAUACAGCUGGAGGCAAGAGCCCGUGGAUCGGAGUGAAGAGCUUCGCGCAAAAUGAAUAUUAUUUUGCGAAUAUAGAUCAGACGCGCAUUUAUUACUCGAAUUGGGUUGCCAGUAAACCAAAUCAUCUUCAUCUCGGUUUGGAGAACUGCGUCGAAAUGAAGUGGAAGCCUGAGUGGAGCUACAACGGCGGGGUAGAAGCUGGACAGUGGGAGAAUCGAAACUGUAAUGAAAACAGACCCUAUGUCUGUUCCCGCGCAGAGGACUCUUCCAUCGGUAACUAUGUAUUCCCAACUGAUCAGACUUGGGCGAACCAAACCUGUCCCGAGGGAUGGAUCCCUAAGGGCGCCGCUUGCUACAAGUUCUCGACCGAUAAAAAGACCUUUGAUGAUGCUUCAAAGUACUGUCAAGACACCGUGAAGCAAGAAGUCAGCGGCGCAAUCAAGGGCGAUUUGAUGACCUUCUGGGAUGAUUACGAGCGCAAUCAUGCGUAUUCCUUUUUCCGUGACGAUUCCGUCGACAAUCGAAACGAUGUUACUCUUCCAUUCUUUGGCGACUAUGGCAUUUGGGUUGGUCUGGAUAAAAGACGGAACAAUACUUGGAGAUGGAUUGAUGACUGGCCGAUGACAGGAACUCAUUGGGCACCAGGAAAACCUCAGCCAAACAGUAACGGAGGCAAAGAUUGUGCUUUCAUCAAUAAAGAUGGCUACAUGACUGACGAAUCGUGCUCUACUCCGAUGCCAUUCAUCUGCAAGGCGGAAUUCGUCGACUAUACUCCAAGCUGGCGGGACUCCAUCUCCAAUCUUGGUGAGGCUUUGGAUUGCCCUGAUGGCUGGACGGAAUUUUACGAUCAUUGCAUCAAGGGAUUCAAGGAGCAGGUUACCUGGUUCACUGCCCGACAGACCUGCGAAUCAAGCGGAGGCGACUUGGUUUCGAUUCACUCUGAAUUCAAAAACAACUUCGUCAAGCAGCUCUACAGCGAUCUGAAAGUGCCUUAUCCUGAUGAGCCUGGACCAUGGAUCGGUCUUCGCGAAACUCCCACUCCAGAAUGGUCUGAUAAGUCCUCUGUUGCGUUCAUCAACUGGGCGAAUGGGCAGCCCGAUGAUUAUGAAGGAAAUGAAGCGUGUGGACAGAUGAUCACAUCCGGCGCGUGGAAUGAUGAGAUGUGCGACAACCAACAUCCCUUUAUGUGCCAAAGAGUCAGGACGUAUUCCUACUGUGCUGCUGCAGCAGAGGCUGGAAAGUUUGAACAGUGUGGAUAUGCAGGAGUCAGUGAGGAACAGUGCGUAAAAGAAUUCCAAUGCUGCUGGAACCCAAUUCAGCCGGUGAAAUGCUUCGCGCCGAAGAAACCUGGUCUCCAUCCUGGCAUAACAGCAGGUGCGGCAGUUGCUGCAACGCUUUUCACCGUCGGCAUUGUUGGAGGAGCAUAUAUUUACUACACAAAAUAUGGCUUUGGAACACCAGGCUCUGGCGGAAUUUCGAAUCCUGUGGCAUAA